AUGUCAGCGGCUGACAUCGGUUCGUCUACGUUUAAGCUACGCCCGCAAAUGCUGAGUAAAAUAAAAGCUCGAUUAGAACAGGGAGAAGCGAAUUUGUACAUCAAGAAAGUGUUAGACCGUUAUAUUUUGAUUAAAGAAACACAUUUGAAUUGUGAUGGAAUUAUUGCAGGAACAAUGAUUAUUGAUUCCAAAAAAUUGGCAGAUGAAUUAGCAAAACAUUUGUUGAGUGAAUAUGUUGAUUCAAUUCGAUCAAAAGAUCGUGAAAGAUUGUUUAAAGUUGUUCAAAAGUCUUCCUAUGAAUUAUCUUGGUGUGAUUAUGAAUAUGAAACAUAUCAUUAUUCAAAAAUCGAAGAAAAAGAGCUUGAGAAACUUCCUGAUGAACUUGUUAAUGCUGACAUUGAGAAACGAAUUGAUGUUAAAGUUAAAUCAACAAUUCUCGAGGAUAAAACAAUAGUGAUUGAUGUUGAAUCCUAA